AUGCAGAAAUGGACGAGAGCAGUUGUACAGAUGCGUCUCCUCUUCCUUGCUAUCAUCCCCUCUUUGGGUAUGAAUACAUUAGCACGGGGAAUAUCAAAGCAAAAACCUCUGUACGAGUGGCGAGUGUUCGAUUCACCGAUCGCAGGUAUCCCUUGCAAAGUGCCCACUGGAAACGGACAGCGCAACUGGGACGAUCCAGAUGACUGCGUCAUGCUGUUCAAGACGUCUAAGGAAACUAUGCGUCAGGUGGCACCGGCAAAGCGACUUGCUUUAGAGAAACAACCGAAGGCUUGUAAGCCACCUGAUGUGGUGAACUCGUUGCCGGAUCGUCUUCGAAGUAGAAUUUUGGCCAUCUGGGAGGAGCGAGAUCCGAAAGGCGACUGCUUUCAGCAGCAACGAAGGACACGGUUGAUACUGCUGAACUUGCCUCCAUCUCUGAGGAAAGCCAUUCGACCAAAGGCUCUUCAGUGCUCUCUUCCUCACUUCAUCGAUCGUCUCGAAUGGGACCUACAGGUGCAGCUUCGUCGACUAUGGGCCGGUUACAAGAAAGGAGAGCCUUGGUGGCAAAGCAGCUUCAUCUUCUCCAACAGCACGACAUCUCCUGUUGAAUCGUUCGACAUGCCUCCGGCGACAUUGUUCCGACGAUAUCAACUCUUCCAAAAGCUGAAACGAUCCAAUGCAGCCUAA